AUGUGUAACAAAUUCUGGUGGGGUUCCAACUCAUCGUCUUCAGGCAUAAAUUGGAAAACUUGGAAAGCCCUUACGCAUUCGAAAGUUGAAGGAGGGAUGGGAUUUAAAAGCUUUGUACAUUUCAAUCAAGCCCUUUUGGCUAAGCAAGCAUGGUUACUCCUCUCCAAUCCGAAUUCUCUGCUCAGCCGAAUGCUUAAACCCAGAUAUUUCAGACAUUCUUCCUUCUUAGAUGCUGGUUUGGGUUCUUACCCUUCCCUAACAUGGAGAGGAAUAGUCUGGGGCAAAGAAUUGCUAUCAAAGGGCCUCCGAUGGAAAGUUGGUAAUGGUGAAAGCAUAUUUUGUUCCUCUGGGCCGUGGCUUCCUGGUCUCACAUCUUUCAAACCAUUGCAAUUUAAAGGUCAAGACAUGUGUUUAAUGCCCAAAAUGUGA